AUGUGGCAGUAUAAUAUUAUUUGGCUCGAUGCAAAUUCAUCAGAUGCAAAGAGCAGCUUUCGUAAUAAACGUAUCGACGCUCAAACAUUUACCGAUGUAGACCAUUGCAUUGAAUACAUCAGAUCUCAUUCAAAUGAAUCGAUUUAUCUUAUUGUGUCGGGUUCGCUUGCUAAAGAAAUCGUUCCAGAGAUCUAUGAAUUUUCAAAUCUUGUACAAAUCUUUCUUUUUUGUGGAUCCAUUAGUGGUUAUGCAGAAUGGGCUAUGGAUUAUCGAGAUAAAAUAAUGAUAUUUAAUCAUGGAGAUGAUCUUUUAGAACGAUUAUAG